UGAUCAUUGCUUUAGAGAGAAGGAAGAAGUAUAUUCAGCUCUACUUUCUGCCGAGGUGGAAUUUCCAGUGCGGUGCAGUGAGGAACUGCACUUGAACUUGGGUUCACUUUAGAGGUGCGGAAAUGGCGUGCAGCCGAGCAGCGUUGUUGCUGCUAUGCGGCCUAGGGUCGCUGCUGGUGUGUGGAACUCUGCCCGUCGGCAACGCACAGGUGGUCGAGACGACGGCGCGAGGGGAGAAUACACGCUCUCAGCCAUGCGGUGGUGGAAUCUCCCUCUCUGUGGUGGUGGAUACCACGUCGAGCAUGAAGAAGCAGCUGCGCGUCGUCCGAAAGCACGCCAAUCGAAUGCUGAAUCAGCUACGCCGUACGCCUGGUCACCACGUCCAUGACUAUGUAGCAGUAGAACUCAACGAACAAGUCACCGACCGUUACGUCAAGACAACCAACCCAAAGGUGUUCAACAACACGCUGCAUUCGCUGGAAGCGUUUGGCGGCGGAGACUGCCAGGAAAACAUGCUGCUAGCCCUGCUGACGGCAAUCGAGCACAGCUGUCCAAAGUCAACCAUCUACGUCUUCUCCGACUCAACACCAAAGGAUCAGUACCUGCUCGGAACCGUGCUGGAGCGUCUACAGGCCAAAGAACAACACGUGGUGUUCAUCUUAUCCGGACGCUGCGGCAGCAUCAAAUCCCCAUCACAGAAUGCAGUCAAGACCAUUGCCACAACAUCCGGUGGGCAGAUCUUCUGGGUGCUGGGUGGUAAUAUCGGACCAGUGCUGAACUACAUGCGGAUGACGUACAAGGCCAAGCCGCUGGUGCUGCUGGCAUGGCAACUGCACACGCCGACGCCAGGGGCCAGCGGGUCCGGGCUGUCGUUGUCCGUUGCCGCCGACUCCUCAGUCGGCUCGAUCAGUGCUUUUGUAAGCUGCCUCGAUGGCCAGGUAUCUGCCAACCUGACAAUGCCAGAAGGAGCUACCCGGGGGUUUGACAAUCGCCAAUGGAAGAAGAACUUGGGGAAUAAUGCGAUGAUGCAUGUGGAAAGACCGUCCAUUGGCCAGUGGACCGUAUCGCUGCAGAGCAGCUCAGAGUGCAUGGUGCGCGUUGUCGGUUCAAGCGCUGUUGAUCUUAGCACAGUAUUCAGAGAGCCCACACCUCGUGCUGUUGGAGAUGUUCAGGAGGAUCAGGGCAACACUCCUGUGCUGGCGGAGAUCGAAGGAGGUGCGCCGUCACAAUCUACACCACCGACACGAGGUGAUCACGCGCACAUGCUUAUCGUGACGAGAAACGAGCCGUCUUCGGGACUGGGGCUGGGACGUGUGGAGCUGAUCGGUGUGAAUGGAUCAGGAUUGGCAGAGGUGGACAUCGGCAAUCUAGAUGACCUAAGGAAUCAAUGGGCACGAGGACCUGUGACUGUGCCUGCUGAGAACUUCUAUCUGGUGUACAUUGGACAGUACCAAGGUGCCACCAUGAUCCGAUACUCCACAACCGCGUUCUGGCCAAGACCACCAAGGGAGGCUGGCGCCCUGGCAGUGAAUCCCGAUCUUCCAGUAGCGCGUACACAGGUCUGUGGGGCUAUGAAGGCAACGUGCAGCAUCACGGGACAUGACGGUGAGCCGGUGGCGUCGGUGUGGAUGCACGGCGACACGCCGCUGAGACCGACGAACCGCAUCAGCCUGGUCGGCGAGUCCACGCGCACCCUGCAGAUCAACCCUGUGUACAAGAGUGACAUGGGUGUGUAUACGUGUACACCAGCACGGCCCGGCGGAAUGCUCUCCUCCGGCUACCUGCAAGUCGUCGUGGAAGGAAGCGGCAGUGGCCCAUGCUUGCCAACACGGCGCUUGACAUGGCACUCCAAGCAGUGUCUGUUUGUCCACUGCACGCUGCCCGUGGCCUCCAUGCAGGACAACCAGAUCAGGUGGCAUCACAACACACAGCAGAUCUACCACGACAGCCGCAACGUCUUCACCUGGCCCAACGGCACACUCAUGUAUUGCGCCACGGCCAGCGAAGAGAACGUCUGCUCGCAGCUGAGUGGCGAGUUCACUUGCCGCGGCUACAUGAGAGCCACGGGAGAGGAACUGGUGCGCGCUGCGGCCAUGCCAAACACGUGUGAAGAUGACGACGAUGAACAGCCCACUGCCGAUGGCAGACCGCAGAGCCCGUGUGAUUCUGGCCAGCACACCUGCCACCCGAUGGCACGCUGUUUCUCGACGCUGCGUGGAUACGUAUGCAAGUGCAAUCCCGGCUAUACUGGUGAUGGGCAGCAGUGCAUGGAAAUGUCUUGCCCGAUGCCGAGCAACCCAACAAACGGCAACGUAAUGAUCUCCGGAGGACUGACUGUCGGCGCACGCAUCACAUACAUGUGCCAUGCCGGUUACGACAUGGUUGGUGAUAGGCAGCAGAGUUGCAACCCAGGCGGCACCUGGUCCGGUAUCAAGCCCCAGUGUAUCGCUGUAGUUGAGACGCAAGCGCCAACGCGCGCGCCCCAAAUGCCAUCCUAUCUGAGAAUUGUGCCGGUCAGCCCGCUGACGGAGCUGCAGGACAAUGGCUGUAUGGUUCUGAGAUGUACGGUCCAGGGUAGAACAAACCCGACGGCCACGUGGUGGCGCAACAGCCAGCGUCUUCAGCUGACCAGUGCCCACCAGCAGCUGGCGGACGGCUCUCUGAGAGUGUGCCCGUUCUCGGCCGCGCUGCACAACGGUGUCUACAGAUGCCACGCCAGCAACGACGAGGGCCAGAUGCUGCAGAGGACCAUCAUCGUUGCGGAAAGCACAAGCGUUGCACCACCAGAGCCGAGCACAGCAUCGCCAGCAGCGACACCAUCAGCCACAGUCUCGUGUCCAGUGCUCAUUCCGCCAUUGAAUGGUGAUGUGACACUGACCAAUGGAUACAGCACGGAUAGCAUAGCCGAGUACGCCUGUGAUCCGCCACAUGAACUGCAGGGCGGUGAUGCUAGUAGGCAGUGCGAUGCGUCAGGAAUGUGGACAGGACGGGCACCCACUUGCGAGUCUGUUCUGGAGGAACCUACAACUGACGCACCUGCCCCUCAAGUGAUCAAUCGUCUGGUGCGCUCCCGUUCCAGCGCGUCCUGUGUGAAGCUGACGUGCGAAGUAAACAACCCUCGCUUCCAGAGGUCCAUGCGCUGGACACACUCGCGCACAUUCAACACCGGGCAGCGCGUCUCCCUGGCAACAGCCAGCCAUGUUCAAACAGGUGGAGUAUACAGUGUAACACUGGAAGACAGAUCACUACAGAUCUGCAAUGGCGUUGCUAGCCAUGUUGGCCAGUAUUGCUGUGCUGUCAACCUUGCUGGUCAGCAAUUUCAAGAGUGUGUCCAUCUAGGAGAGCAGGACCUUGAAACACAGACAGGAUCACUGGGUGGCACUUCAGAGUGUGGUGUAGAGUUACGCCAGUGCAAGAGUCAGCAUGCAUCUUGCGAUGCGCAGCUUUCAGCCUAUCAACGCUUCAUGGAAACAUUCCCCGCUACGGCGGGCAAGUAGUUUCACAACGCACACAAGAUCUUGAGCACCCGCGUAGCAGCUAUAGUCGUAGAGUACCAGGAUACCGACAACACAUUGGCCCGCAAAACACAUCGGCCUGCACACGCGCUUCUGAAGCCCAUCCAGUUUACGACCACGGCAUCUCAGCAGCACUGUUAGCUCUGUUCACAAAUAUUUUCAUAGCGUUUCACCAGCUACUAGUGUGUCAUUUUGAACUGCCCGCAUUUUGGACCCAUAUAUAAUGCUCACAGCUACAUCAUGGAAGUGUUGAGUCCUGCAACAUUAUUUGUUUUGCCUUCUACCGCCCGUUAGCCGCUGCAUGACGUACACUCCGUGUUUCAGUGUGUGAUCCGUCACUAUGCUUGGAUACUGUGUAUAGCAUGUAACUUGGAGCUUCUUGACCCACACACAUCACUGUGGAUGCUUCUCAGUACGUCUCUGUACACAAAGCCUGAACUAUCAUAUGCCAGGUAACACGUGUUCAUCAGAGUAUGAGCUCCAGUAUUUGUUUCAUUGUGCAUGAAUGCAUCAUCUCUACUAUGAACAGCAUUGUGUUGCUCUGUA